UUACAGUUCGACCAUCUUGUCUUAUCGAUUGCAUAUCGAAUAUGCACUCAGCCCUGGUCCACAUACAGCCACGCGUCGUGGUGUCGUCACAUCGUCUGGGAAUUUGAGAAUCUAUAAGCCCGGCACAACCAAAACAGGAUGCUCCCUCAAUUGCAUAACAGCAUUUUUGCAUAAGUGUGCGUGAGUGUCGACAAGCCAGGGAGGAAUCACACAAAUACAUACUAAUCGGCGAAUCGCUUCACAACCUCGACUGGCUCUACAAAUCAUAACAUUAAACAAAACCGAUAAAAGCUGCGUUGAUAUUGAAUUUUUGCGGUGUCAAAUGCAAAAGAAAACGUAAUUCAUUUAGUUUUGACGAAGCCGCAAAAUUGUUUGGUUGCAACCACAUAUAUCGAUAGUUAACAGUAUUCGUUUCAAAACAACUUUUACAUAACCACAAUCUCUGUUAUAGCUGUGUUAUCGAUUGUUAGAGACCGUGUUGCGGAGCCAUUUACCAGCUGCUGUUAAAUUCAAUUUGAGCGUUCUCAAUGUUUAUAUCUGCCAAGUUAAAAAAGCCGGCUAAAUCAUCAUAUUGAACGCAUCAUUUACACACAUUCUAUUGUGCAAAAGGAAAUUCAAUAUUUUGAGCGGAUUACCGGACAAACGGAAGAAAGCAAUCGUACGCCAUCACAGUGGAAUUAAUUAAUGCUUGCUGUUAAUAACAGUUCAGCGGGCUGUUAAGUUAGAUGCCAAAACAAUAACAGAAAACUAACAGUGACCACAUUACAUAAACUCGCAGUGUAGUCAGUCAGUCGAGUGCGUCGAGUGAUAUGGCCGUGUUUCUGAUCAACAUCUGCAAAUUUAAUGGCUGUUUUAAAACAUUUCCAAGUCUAAGCGACUUAAUAUCACACAUUGAGGACACACAUAUAGACUAUGAUCCAAAGGUGGUCGAGCAAAAGGAGCUGGCACAGCCCGCAUCGCUGCCGUUGAGCUACGUGCUGCGCUUCAUCUCCGAUGAUGCGCGCAAGGAGGCUUCCACAUUCUUGUCCAACACCACCAACAACAGCAGCGCUAGCAACAACAACAACAGCAGCAAUGCUACCAACACUGGCAGCGGCGGCAACACCGGCAAUGCAGAGCUCAAACGCAAACUGGCCAUUAAGCAUCAUAGCUAUAGCAUGUCAUCGUCCAAUCGCAGCAAUACGCCCACUGGCAGUGAAAUGGACGAGGAUGAAAUGGUCGUUACGGAAUCAGAGGAUAGCAAUGACUCUUGGACCACCGAGGAGUUUAGCUCGGAGUUCAUAAUGCGUUAUGGCAGCAGGCAUUCCGGUGGCGGCAGUAAUGGCACGCCAGGCAAUGAGAAACCGUUUGCGUGUCCCGUGCCCGGUUGUAAGAAGCGCUACAAGAACGUGAAUGGCAUCAAAUACCAUUCGAAAAACGGACACAAAAAGGAUGGCAGAGUGCGCAAGGGCUACAAGUGCCACUGUGGCAAGAGCUAUAAAACGGCGCAGGGCCUGAAAAACCAUGCGCUGCUCACACACAACACACAGCCGGAGAGCGUGCUCACCACCCAGCAGCUUGCCAAUCUCACUGCAGCAUCGGCGGCCGCUGACACAGAGCCAGUGACCCGAUGCAAGCCUGCGGUCAAUAAUGGUCUGGUCGGAGGCAAUAGCGUGCUGACAAGCAAUGGCAAUGGCAACGGUUUGAUCCAGCGCAGCAAUUCACCUUCGCAGUCACUCGGCUCGCUGAGUCCGUCGAGUAGCAACAUGUCGAGCAGCACCAGCACUAGUGGCCUUGGUGCUGGCAGCUUGGGAAGCAAUAGUUUGUCCAGCACAGCUGCCACUGCCAGCAACAUGUUGCAACAGCUCAGCAAUGGCAACAUUGUCACUGUGACGAAUGUACCACAGCAGCAGCAGCCGCAGCAAGCGCUGCCUCAACAGCAGCAACUACAGCAGCAGCAGCAAAUGAACAUCGGCACACAGUCGCAAAACGCAAACGCGCCGACCGCAGCGACAGCAACAACAAAUACAACAGGUAACAGCAACAACAGUUUAAUGCGCAGCACACUCGGUUUAGUAUCCAUUAAAGCCAACAACAACCACAACAACAAUACCGUUGCCGCUGUUGCUGGCGGUAACAACAAUAAUCCAAAGUCCGUUAGCAAUUUAAUAGCUGCCAAUGCAACGGCCAACAAAAUACUCAAGCUGGCCACUAAUGUGGCCAACGGUGUGGAUAUUGCACAGCAGCAUAAGUUGGUUGACAACAUGCCCAAGGCAAACGGCAACAAUGUCGCAACAACUGCUGUUGUUGCCAACAGCAACAACAACAACAACACACCCACUAAAAUCACGCUGCCCAAUUUGGUUAACCUUGGCAUACUGACGCCGGCCACCUCGCCCACCAAGAACACACAGACCUUGACUUUCACCACAACAGCCGGUCACAAUCUUCAACAGCAGCAGCAGCAACAACAGGCUCUGGUGGCCUCGCUCACGAGCAACAUGCUGCAGCAGCAGCAGAAGCUUCCCAAUGUUACCAAGACCAAUAUACUGUUGCUGCAGGAACCCAACACGGUUACAACACAUCUGAUUCAAUCGCCACCGCAGCAACAGCAGCAGCAACAUGUGUUGCCCAUCAGUCCCACAAGCAGCAUUAGCAGCAGCAAAAGCAGCUCACCAACACCAACACAUCAGCAGCAACAACAACAACAGCUUAAUCAGCUAACCAAGAGCUCAGCAACUGUUGCUCUAAAGCAGAAGCAUGUCAUGACCAACAGCAUUGCGUUGUCGGCAGCAACAAGUGCUUCCACCGUCGAGCCAAUGGAAACAGAUGAGUUGCCAAUUGUGGCAACGGCAACAGAUGCACUCGCUGACAACAGUCAUGCUACGGUUGUUGGAGGCACAGUUGAUAGCAAGGAUAUGCCGUCUUCCAUAGCUGCGGCUGUCACUUCGGGCACCAUCACUGUGGCGGCCAUUGAAGUUGUCGGCGCUGGCGUUGUCAACACUGAAACGUAGCCUAUACUCAAGAAGCUACUGAUGCGUCGAAAGUGCGCUCUAGAAUCGGCUGCGGCCCAACCAAUUUAAUUAAAACAAAAAAAAAAAAAAAAAAAAA